UUUCAUUUUUUUGAUAUACUUUAAAGGUUGCUUAAUGAAAGUUUGCUUCUUUGAGUCGGUGAAAUUUGUAUGAAUUAGUCAUUGUUGUCAUAAACUCAGAAUUUGCUUGGAAACUAGGAAACUUCAAAAAGAAGAUAACUUUGUGUGUUCUUUAUCCAUUUAUAGUGUGUGGAAUUGGAUUUUGAUUUUAAUUUGAUAAUUGGGUUUUUGAUUUUGGAUUGCUGUUGUGGUAAAUUUUGUUAAGGAGAUAAGUGGGGUAUUAGGAUUUGGAAUUUUGGAUUGGUUUUCUGCUGAAUUUUGGUUGGGAGAUAAGUGGGGUGUUAAGAUCUGGAAUUUGGAUUGGAUUCAAGUCAAUUUAUCCAGUUAUAGUGUCUGAAAUUGGAUUUUGAAUUCAAUUUUGCAGUUGGGUUUUUGAGUUUGGAUUGGUUUUUCUCUUUCUGGCGGAUUUUGGAUUAAGGAGAUACGUGGGGCGUUAGGAAUUGGAAUUGAAAUUGUUGUUUUGGUUUUUCAGAGAAUUGAGUUUGAUUGAUGGGGGGACAAAGUUCUAAAGAGGAUAAUAAUUUGAGGCGGGAUUCAUUGCGUUCAAGUUCAUCUGCUUCUGCUUCUUCUUCUUGGAAUUCAUAUCCUGACCCUCAUUCGGGUUACGGUCAGGGUGGUUAUCCUCCUUAUACUUAUGAUUCACAACAGCCUACAUAUGAGUCACAACAACCUUCUUAUCAACCGUAUUAUGAUGCUCGACCACCUCCUCCUCCUCAAAACUAUGGAUAUGAGCCUCAAACUAGUGGUAGAGUGCCCCGUCAUGACUAUCAGAGAAAGUUAGACAGGAAAUACUCGAGGAUUGCUGAUAAUUACAACUCCAUAGACGAGGUGACUGAAGCUCUUGCGCGUGCAGGCCUUGAGUCUUCCAAUCUUAUUCUUGGAAUCGAUUUCACCAAGAGCAAUGAGUGGACAGGAAAGCAUUCAUUUAAUAGAAAAAGCUUGCAUCACAUUGGGAAUGGUCCAAAUCCAUAUGAACAAGCAAUAUCCAUCAUUGGGAAAACCUUGGCCGCAUUUGAUGAGGAUAACUUGAUUCCUUGCUUUGGAUUUGGGGAUGCAUCAACACAUGAUCAAGAUGUCUUCAGUUUCUAUCCAGAUGAAAGAAUUUGCAAUGGAUUUGAAGAAGUUUUGAGUCGGUAUAGGGAAAUUGUUCCUAAUAUUAAACUUGCAGGCCCUACAUCAUUUGCACCCAUUGUUGAAACGGCCAUGACAAUUGUUGAGCAGAGUGGAGGCCAAUACCAUGUUUUGGUGAUAAUUGCUGAUGGCCAGGUAACAAGAAGUAUUGACACUGAACAUGGAAGGCUCAGUCCACAGGAGCAGAAGACUGUGGAUGCCAUUGUCGAGGCCAGUAAAUUUCCUCUUUCGAUCAUAUUGGUUGGUGUUGGAGAUGGACCUUGGGACAUGAUGAAGGAGUUUGAUGACAAUAUGCCAGCCAGGGCCUUCGAUAAUUUUCAGUUUGUGAAUUUCACGGAACUUAUGUCGAAGAACAUUCCUCCUUCACGAAAAGAGGCAGCAUUUGCUCUCGCAGCAUUGAUGGAAAUUCCUUCUCAGUAUAAGGCCGCAAUAGAGCUUAAUCUACUUGGUAGUCGGAAGGCCAAUGCUCCAAAUAGAGUUGCCCUCCCAACACCGUCUUAUGGUUCCGCGUCUUUUGGUACUUCAAAACCUUAUGGUUCGGCAUCUUUUGGCCCUUCAAAACCUUCUCCUCAUGCUGCUAGUUUUGAGCGGAGUGCACCUUCUUACCCACCUUCGUACCAAGACGUCGUCAAACAAGUUGGCGCAGCUCCUUCUGCCCCAAGUUCUACUUAUGAAAAUCAGCUUUGCCCUAUAUGUUUGAGCAAUGAAAAAGAUAUGGCCUUCGGAUGUGGGCAUCAGACAUGUUGUGAAUGCGGACAAGAUCUUCAAACGUGUCCCAUCUGCAGGAGCCCCAUUAACACCAGAAUCAAGCUUUACUGAGCAGCAUCUUCUAUUGGAAGGAUUUGUUUAUUUGUAUUCUUUGAAUUUUUUUAUAUGAUUGUAUAAAAUAUUAGAUCAAAUAUUUGUUUCUACAGUGAAACAUGGUGUUUCUGUAUGUCAGUUGUAACCAUUCCUUGAUUUUUUUGCCCCAUUCAUUUUGGUUUCUGACUAUAUUGGUUUGACAACUUAGCUUAGGGUGGUAUUUGUACAGUUUUAGUUGAAUCAAUUUGGUUUGAUUUGUAUUAAUCGUGGCUUUAAAAUGUGAAUUUCGAAUA